AUGCGAAAUGUCCACCAACAAGACCAUUUAAGUGAAACUGAUUGCUAUGUAACCUUGUGGCUGCCUACUGCCUCAUCUGAAAAGGUUCGAACUAAAACAGUUGCCAACUCCAAAGAUCCAGUGUGGAAUGAAACAUUCUACUUCAGGAUCCAGAGUCAGGUUAAGAAUGUCUUGGAACUGGCUGUGUGUGAUGAAGACAUUAUUCGAGAUGAUACGUACCGUGUCAUCCAUUUUGACAUUGCUGAAGUGCCUCUUGGAGAGUCAGUUUUUAAGACAUUUGAAUUGAAUCCACAGAAACAUGAGGAACUGGAGAUUGAAUUUACACUGGAGAAUAUAAUGGAUCCUCCCGAAAUGAUCACAACAAAUGGAGCAAUAGUGUGUCGUGAACUUUGCUGCUUGGAGAUUCAGGUGGACCAAAGGAAAAGGAAGAAGAAGAAAAAGCUUUCUAAACAACAAGUUGUCAAGUGUACAUUGAAAGGAUCCUUUGAAGAAACCCAAAACCUUUCCUUGUGCUGUAAAUCCUGCUCUCACUGCACAGAUCCCACCAUCUUCCACUAUGCCAAAUUCAAGCAAGCAGAGCUGGAGGUUCUGCUCCCCAAGAAGAGGCCACUUCCUUGCUUUGGUGCUUGCAUGUCAUGUGGAUCAAAUGUGCAGAGGAACAGAAAUCUGACCUUUCCUUUAAAUUCAUUUCCCUUUGAUCAGGAUGUAAUAAAUGAUGACACGGAAUUUGAUUUACACUUCAAAGCAAAGCAAUGCACUGCAGGCCUAGACGUUCGCUUGGGUUUUGAACUCUGUCCUGAAGAGCAGGAAUUCCUGCAAAAACGGAAGAAAGUUGCUGCUGCAGCUUUGAAAAGAGUUCUUCAUCUAGAGGAAGAUCUGCAAGAUGAUGAGGUACCAAUUGUGGCAAUUAUGACUACUGGUGGAGGGAUAAGAGCCCUGACAUCAAUGUAUGCUCAUAUGCAGACUAUCCAGAAGUUGGAUAUUUUGGACUGUGUUUCAUACCUCACUGGCUUAUCUGCCACAACCUGGACAAUGUCAAAGUUAUAUGAUGAUGCUAACUGGUCAAAGAAUAAUCUAGAGAAGCUAAUCACUGAUGCAAAAGGGCAUGUGAAAAAAAACAAGUUCCUUGCCAGUUUUGCCCCAGAGCGUCUGAAAUAUUAUCUAAAGGAACUAAAGCAGCGGCAUCAAGAAGGCUACAGUGUAUCUUUCACUGAUCUGUGGGGGCUCAUCAUUGAAGCCAUGCUACGUGAUGGGGAAAAUCCACAUAAACUCACAGAUCAGCAGCAAGCAUUAACUCAUGGCCAAAACCCCCUGCCUGUAUACCUUUGUCUCAGUGUGAAGGAGAAAUUAAGUAAUCGGGGUUUCAGAGAAUGGUUGGAGUUCACGCCAUAUGAGGUUGGAUUCCAAAAAUAUGGAGCCUACAUUCAUCCUGAACAUUUUGGUAGUGAAUUUUUCAUGGGUCAUUUAAUUAAAAAAAUCCCAGAAUCUCGAAUCUGCUUCUUGGAAGGAAUCUGGAGUAGUGUGUUUUCAGUUAAUAUCAUGGACGGCUGGUUUCUGUCUGUUAGUUCGGAUGAUUUUUGGCAAAAGUGGACACAAGACCGAAUAACUGAUAUUGAUGACUAUGUUUUGUAUUCACAUGUGAAUAAACUACCUACUCUUAUGGAGAGCCCCCCAGAUAGUCUUGCUACUAUUUUUCAAGAUAUUAUCAUGUGGCGACCAGCAGUUACCCAGGUCCACAAUUUUUUGAAAGGCUGCCCAAUGCACAACAAGUACCUGGAGAGUCAGCUUGCAGUGUGGAAAGACUGUGAUCUGGACAAUUUUCCUAACCAGCUGACAGGAGCUGAAGAUCACCUGUAUCUAGUUGAUAAUGCAUUUGCCUUUGCUAGCAGCUAUCCACCACUCAUGAGGCCUGAGAGGAAAGUGGAUGUCAUCAUACAUUUGAAUUACAGCUCAGGAUCACAAAUGAUGCCCCUGAAAGAAGCCUCAAAGUAUUUCUCAGAACAGGGAAUCCCAUUUCCCCAAAAUAUCCCACAUGAAGAAAAGGAUGUAAAGGAGUGUUACCUGACUGGAGAUCAAGAAAGCCCCGAAACUCCUAUAGUGGUCCUUUUUGCCUUAGUUAAUGACACUUUCAAAGAGUACAAAGCACCAGGUGUGAAACGUAGUCCUGAGGAGAUGGAAGAUGGUAGACUUGAUCUUACUAGUACCUUUGGCCCUUACAAUAUAAAUGCUUUACGAUAUUCAGAGGAAGACUUUGACAAGCUGGUAAAACUGAGUCAGUACAACAUAAUGAAUAACAAAGAUUUGAUUAUUAAAGCCUUGCAGCUCGCAGUGGAACGGAAAAAGCAACAUAAAAACAGUCUGCAGUGUAGAACAGAUGAAGCAUUUCAAUCUGGAAGGAAAGGGAACAAAAUCUAAACUGCAAUGUAGCCCAUCCACUGAAUACUUAGGAGAGUGUUUAGCCUCUUCUAUGGAAACAAACACCUGUGAUGGAUUUUAGAAAAUUAGCUGGUCAUAAAGGCAACAGUUCUGUCAAUCACACAAUAUUGUUUGCUUGUUGCCAAGUGAGGCAGUGGCCAAAUAAAGGAUGGACACAGGACCACCUCUUCACCCUAUAGAAGAAGAAGAAGAGAUUGGAUUUAUACCCCGCCCUUCACUACCCGAAGGAGUC